UGUUUCCAGAACCUAGAAAUGUCUCAUCAGCUCGCUGUUUAUAAGAAGAGAAGAGAGCGAGAAACGUUGAGGUCCCAUGAACAAUAAUGGAGAACAUUCCUGGGAGAAGGAAGUAAAAAUGGAGCAACACUGGUCGACAGUUGGUGCACUGCUUCUAGCUCUCAGUGCAUUCGUGCACUAUGACAUCGCUUUUGCUGCAGAAGCUGAUGGUAACUCAACAGCCAAGCCAGGAGUGUGUCCUAGCAGACUCUGGGGCGUUGGAAAGUGUGCUGAAUUUUGCACCAAUGACACUGACUGCCCUAAAGAUGAGAAGUGCUGCUACAAUGGAUGUGGGCAUGAGUGCAUGGCACCACACACAGUGAAGCCGGGCCGCUGUGCCCUUCCCCAGGGAACCCCCAUGUGUGCCGAGUACUGCUAUCAUGACGGGCAGUGUCCAGGAGAGCAGAAGUGCUGCAAGACAUCCUGUGGCCACGCCUGCAGUGAGCCCUGCUGACCGGAUGGCACAGAGACUCAGCUGCAACAGAAAUGUAUCAUGUUUACUUUUUUUACAACUCCAUGGUAGCACUCUUUGGCGCAAUAUCUGAGCACUGGAUGGCACCAAGUUGGAUUCUUUGGAGGAGAAAUUAAAUUGUUGUUAAAAUGCCAUUUUAUGUGCCUGUACUUUAAGUGUGUACACAAAUUUAAUAGUUAUGUAUCUUCUAGUAUAUUCUAAAUGAAUGAAAAUGUACUUUACUUAUAUAUCACCUUUUUUUUUUUUAGGUGUAGAGCAAUUUUGUAUUCCAACGAAUAAACAUGUUUCCAGAAGCUAGACAUGUCCCAUCACCUUGCUGCUGUUUUUAAGGUCCCUUUUAUGGGUUUUUUAGAUGAGAGCUUGGCUCAACAAAAAAAAGUGAUGAAAUGUACCAAGGAUAGAAAAUGUUUCCUGGCAGAAAAGCAGACUAUUUCAAAAGGUGGCCAAGAAUGCCUGUUGCACCACAUCAAUCUUCAAAUGCAGCUUGAAUUCAUUUUUUGGAAAUGAUUUACACCCAUUCCCAAACAUACAGGCUAAAUAAAGGGCUGUGACGGGCCACUUAUCAUUGAA